UGUGAGAAGAGGUGAGCGAAUAGCUUUCGAUAGCUAUUAUCAAUCGACGCGAUAGAAAAUCAGCGAUAACACGACACGAGUGAGAACGAGAAGAACUUGUUUCGAAUUCUCGGAUCGAAGUCUCGCGCCACUUCACCGCCAAAGUGAAACAAAAGGGUGCAAUAGUAACGCGAGCCGCCAAAUUCACUUUCGCAGCAAUUGCUUUUACUCCGAUCGAUGAAACUGGAAAUUUGGAUCGGACCGUAUCAUUUCCGAUGAUCUUAUAGUAAGUGCGGAAAGAUUCGUGACACUUAUUCGAAAUAUUUAAACAGGAAAAGUUUGAAAAUAAUUAGAGAGUGAAUAAUUAGAAAAAUAAAUCGCAUCGCGAUUUCUUCAGGAUUGAAAUGCUUCGAAUCGUCGAGUUGUCCGGAUAAUUGGCUCAUCCUGAUCGACGGCGUAACGAUCGAAAAAAGAAACUAGAGGGCGGAGAUUCACGAAGAAAAGGAUGGACUCGAAAAGGGGAAUCGUUGGUCGUAUAAUUCGGCCCAGUAGCGAAACAGUGAUGAACGAGGUUUCGUCGUUUUCGUUCAAGUGUUCGGAAUAGUACAACGAUCUCGUUCAAAAAAAGAAAAGUAUACGAAACGUGAAUAAAGGAAGAAGAGUCGUAUAGAGAAACGUUCACACAUACAUGGGUAUCAAUUGGAUCAUCGCAUUGACGAUCGCCUGGCUAACGUGUCCGGUGAAUGGGAAAAUGACUUGUCGUGAGGUACAACUGGCUCGUGAGUGCGAAGCUCUUUGUAAAAAAAAUCGUCACGGUGGCAUUUCCUGUGAAUUGAGAGUAGCUCUCCUCUUACCAGCCGAUCCAAGCUUUGAUAUAGCGUUGCCGAAAGUUCUUCCGGUUCUCGAUUUGGCCGUCUAUGAAGCCAAAUUACGAGGUCUUUUACCUUCUUGGUUGAAAUUAAAGUUUCUUUCGCAAGACGAUCAUUGCGAUGCAACAUACGCCCAAAUUGGCGCGAUCGAUAGCUUCUCGAAUUGCGUACAUUUGUUCCUCGGCCCUGCUUGCGAUUAUUGCGUAGCGGCCGUUGGCAGAGUGGUAAAAUUUUUUGGCGCGCCGUUAAUUACUACCGGUGGAUUCACCUUCGAUUUUACGCAAAAGAAAACAGAAUGCAAGGACGAGUACUUUAUGACAACCCGAGUUGGAAAUUUGGCCUUCAGAGAUCUCGCCAAUUUUUUCAUCGCUUUGAUGAAUCGAUACGAGUGGCGGAAGGUGCAUCUGGUCUACGCGACUAACGGACAGAGUCAGCUCGCCGGCAGACAUACUUGUCAGCUAAUGAUGAAGUCCAUGGUAGAAUUUAUCAAGAAGCAGCCAAACUUUACGUUCGGCACGUUCGAUGUCGAAACUACCGUUCCUAAAGAUUAUCCGGAGGCGUUGCAAAAUCACGUGGGCAAUUGGUACGGUGAUGCUUUCUUCGGCCCUGUAUGCGACUACGUGAUAGCACCUGUGGCCCGAUACGCCGGUAUAUGGGGUAUCCCCGUGUUGACCGCAGGUGCUCAGGCCGAAGCGUUCCGUUACAAGAGCGAACAUUAUCCAACGUUGACCAGAAUGAUGGGUUCUCAUCGGCUGGUAGGCGAGGCGCUCAGACAUAUCUUGGAGCGAUUCGGAUGGAAAAUCGCCGGUCUGCUUUAUCACAAUCACGCGAUGGCCAGCAGCCGUGGCAAUUCGGAAUGCCACUUUACUUUGGGCGCUGUUUUCACGGCCCUCGGUCAAACGUCGGUUCACAAAAGUUUCAACCAGGAAACGACCACUGUCCAAGAUUAUCGAGAUUUGCUCACUUUUCUCGCGAAAUCCGCCAGAAUCGUGGUGAUGUGUGCCAAUUCGACGACCAUCAGAGAGAUACUUUUGGCCGCGGAACAGCUUGGAAUGGUCGAUUCCGGGGAAUACGUGUUCUUUUCCAUAGAACUCUCGUCCAGCGAUAACAACUCGAAGGAGCCAUGGAGGGUGGAGGGCGACACGGUGGAAAGGAACGAAAAAGCGCGGAAAGCUUAUCAAGCACUGUUAACGGUCACCGCUCGAACCCCCGACAACAUCGAAUAUUUGAAUUUUUCGCGAGAGGUGAAAGCGCUCGCGCAAACAAGAUACAAUUUCACUUUUGGGAGCAACUCGGUCUCGACUUUCGUGACCGCGUUUUACGAUGCGGUCAUACUUUACGCCCUCGCGCUUAAAGAGAGCUUACCGGAACAUCCUGACAGAAUAAAUCUGGACGGCGGUGACCUCACACGGAGAAUGUGGGGUAGAAGUUUCAAAGGUAUAACCGGAGACGUGAACAUCGACGAGAAUGGGGAUCGAAUAGCGGAUUACUCCCUUCUCGACAUGAAUCCAGAAACGUCGAAAUUCGAGAUCGUCGCCAAUUACUACGGUGCCAAUAAGACAUUGCAAUACGUAGCUGGGAAAAGGAUUCAUUGGUCGGGUGGCCGAUCAAAACCACCACCUGAUACACCCACUUGCGGUUUCGACGGCUCCUUGUGCCCUGAUAAUACUCUUCCAGGAUACGCGAUUCUCUCGAUGGUCUUGAGCUCUAUCGUCGUCUUUCUCUUCGUCGGCUCGGUGUUCAUAUACAGGCACUUUAAGCUCGAGGCGGAAAUAGCUUCUAUGACGUGGAAGGUGCACUGGAACGAUAUCAUCUUCGUGCCGAACGCGAAAACCCGAGGCUCCAUGUUUUCCUUGAUCGCGAACAAGAUGCGUGGUAGUCAACUGACCAUAUACUCGGACGAAAAUAUUAGUAUGCCAGGUGAAAUAGACAGAAACGUCUACAUUCCAACCGGAAUUUACAAGAACUCUACAGUGGCCAUAAAACUUAUACUGAGGAAAAAGGUGGAAAUCUCACGGCCUUUGUUGCUGGAAUUGAAACGGAUGAAGGAUCUUCAACACGAUCACCUAGUCCGAUUUUACGGUGCUUGCAUCGAACCACCGUACUGUUGCCUUUUGACCGAGUACUGCCCGAAAGGAUCUCUCCAGGAUAUAUUGGAAAACGAGCAGAUCAAAUUGGAUCGGGUGUUCCGUGGAUCGUUGAUCCACGAUAUCGUGCGAGGGAUGGUGUAUCUUCACGCGUCCGAGGUGAAGAGUCAUGGAAAUCUGAAAUCGUCCAACUGCGUGGUCGAUUCACGCUUCGUCCUCAAGAUCGCCGACUUUGGAUUGCACGAGUUGAGGAGGCCUGCUUACUGCGGGGCGGAAGUCGACAAGAACAAUUACGCGUUUUGGAGGGGGCAGCUGUGGACGGCACCGGAAUUAUUGCGAAUGGAAAGGCGGCCACCCGAGGGCACCCAGAAGGGCGAUGUGUACAGUUUCGCUAUAAUCGUUCACGAGAUCGUGGUACGCCAGGGGCCAUUUUACUUGGGCGAAGAUUACGACUUUUCCCCGCAAGAAAUAGUGGAAGGAGUGAAAAGAGGAGGUGGUUCUCCGUUGAGACCCGCGAUCGACGAUGCUGCGGUCGAGGAAGAGGUGGCCACCUUGAUGAGGAAAUGUUGGGCGCAAGACGCCGCAGACAGACCAGAUUUUCCCGCGCUCAAGCAGACCAUAAGGAAAAUUAACAAAGAUUACGAGAGCAGCAACAUUCUCGAUAAUCUGCUCUCUCGUAUGGAGCAGUACGCGACGAAUUUAGAAACGUUGGUGGAGGAACGUACAGCGGAUUAUCUGGAGGAGAAACGCAAAUGCGAGGAACUCUUGUAUCAGUUGUUACCAAAGUCUGUCGCAUCCCAGUUGAUAAUUGGACAGAGCGUGAUAGCCGAAACUUACGAUCAAGUCACCAUCUACUUCAGCGAUAUCGUAGGAUUUACGAAACUCUCGGCCGAGAGUACACCACUUCAAGUGGUGGAUUUAUUGAACGAUCUUUACACGUGUUUCGACUCUAUCAUAGAAAAUUUUGAUGUUUAUAAAGUGGAGACGAUAGGCGACGCUUACAUGGUGGUGUCAGGAUUACCGGUGAGGAAUGGAACGAAUCAUGCCAGGGAAAUCGCGAAGAUGAGUUUAGCGUUAAGGGACACCGUGAUGACGUUUAGAAUACGUCACAGGCCAAACGAGCAACUGAAACUUCGAAUUGGAAUGCAUUCCGGGCCUUGCGUGGCUGGUGUCGUUGGUCUGAAGAUGCCCAGGUAUUGUUUAUUCGGGGACACUGUGAACACCGCAUCCAGGAUGGAAAGUAAUGGAGAAGCUCUAAAGAUCCACGUCAGCCCAAAGACGAAAGAAAUUCUAGAUACCUUUGGGACGUUUGAACUCGUUUGUAGAGGCGAGGUUACUUUGAAGGGUAAAGGUACGAUGACCACCUACUGGUUGAUCGGUGAAAAACCAAUGAAUAGGAAUGUUCAAGAAACAAUCACCGUGUCCUCGGUGAUGACAACAGUAACAUCCAUGACAACGACGAGCAAUCAAGUGUCGAUCGAGCAACCACGAUCUCACGAGGAUCGUGGAAGCGUAGCUGCGUAUCAACCGGUGCAAUCGAAAACGCACGAGGUUCAAUCGACGACAAACAAACAGAAUUGUCAAGAACAAAAUCAUCGGGCGGCGCAAAAGGGGGUUCAAGAGCAGCAAAGAACGCAGUCGAGUCAGCAGAAAGGUCAAGAGUAUCGGGAACAACAGGUUGGAGGACAAGGCGGGAGUCCGGAAUUGCAGAAUCGCGGCAAGGGAGGCAGUGGUAGCAAGGAUAGAAGUGGUGGCGAUGGUGGCCGCGGUGGUGGGAAGGAAGAUGGUGGAGGUGGAGGUGGAGGUGGAAAUAGAGAUUGGAACGACGGUAACAAGGACGAGAGCAAGGUGGAGAGACAAGGUGGAGAGACAUUUACCAAGGGAAACGGUUUAACGAGUCGUGUACGUACGAUAAGCAACGGUUCGUCCGCUUCACCGUCUCGUAAUCAUUCUCUCGGUUCGACAUCGUCGACCAAUCUUUCACAGGGGCGACGGCCCUAUCAAGCUAGCGAAAGCGUGGCGAAUCACACGGAAAGCGGUUCGAGCGCACCCCUCCUUGUACCCACGACACCCCCCUCGAGAGUUUAGUUCCUUUCCUUCGUUCUUUUAUUCUCGCCACACACAUACACACCUUGCGAUCUUCCGAAUAAAUCAUCCUCGAUAUACGUGUAUCAUCAUGUAGAGUAGCAGCUGAUUAACUUUCGGAUCGGUAACUAUCCGAUCGAAAUUUGGGUCCACACGUUCGAAAGAAUUUCUUUCGAAGUAAAAAAAAAAAAAAAAAAAAAAAAAAAAAA